GUGAUAUUCGAUGAAAUCGAACUCACCGACCUGUGCCUAGCCGAGUGCUCUAUUAAAAACGUUAACCAUAGCUUCCAGGUGAUAACUCCAUUUCGUUCGUUGGUGCUUUGUGCCGAAUCGCGUAGGGAAAUGGAGGAAUGGCUCGCCGCACUCACUGCCGCUUCGCAACGUCGCUUUCACGAGCCGGAUCAGCCGGAUUUUUUAUCCGGCUAUCACCAUUGGUAUGCCACCUCCCACGCACGCCCUACGUAUUGUAACGUAUGUAGAGAAGCACUGCACGGCGUAACUAGUCACGGAUUAAGCUGCGAAGUAUGCAAAUGCAAGGUUCAUAAGAGAUGUGCUGCGAAAGCAAUCAACAACUGCAAGUGGACCACACUGUCGUCGGUAGGGAAAGAUAUAAUCGAAGAAGCAGAUGGGAAUAUCACAAUGCCACACCAGUGGAUGGAAGGAAAUUUACCAGUGUCAGCCAAAUGUAUAGUGUGUGAUAAAACCUGCGGAUCUGUUUUGAGACUACAAGACUGGAGGUGCUUAUGGUGUCGGGCAACCGUGCAUACGCAAUGCAGACCUACCCUAGCUUCCACGUGCCCAUUAGGUCCCGCUAGAGUUAGUGUAGUUCCACCUACGUCGUUACAUUCUGUGUCGGAUGAAGCGUGGGAAGUAGUACGACCUCAAGCCUCCUCCCCGCUAUUAGUUUUCGUUAAUUCCAAAUCGGGUGAUAAUCAAGGUGUAAAGUUUUUACGUCGUUUUAAACAAUUAUUAAAUCCUGCACAAGUUUUUGAUCUCAUUUCAACGGGGCCAAGAUUGGGUUUACGACUUUUUAGACAUUUCGAUCCAUUCCGUAUAUUAGUUUGUAGUGGAGAUGGUUCAGUAGGUUGGGUGUUAUCCGAAAUAGAUAAGUUAGAUAUGCAUAAACAAUGCCAAGUCGCCGUCUUACCAUUAGGAACCGGAAACGAUUUAGCACGAGUACUUGGUUGGGGAUCAUCUUGCGACGAUGAUACCCAUCUACCGCAACUUUUAGAGAAAUACGAGAAGGCUAGUACAAAGAUAUUGGAUCGUUGGAGCGUUAUGACGUUUGAACGCACAAUCGCCAUGCCUAAAUUAUCCUUAGAUAUGACUCAACCGGAAGGUCAAUUGCAUAGCCAAAUAUCUCAGUACGAAGACAAUUUAAUUCUACACUUACAAAACAUUUUACAAUCAGAUGAUACAUCGACGGUGUUAAAUUCGGCGAAAAGGCUUUGCGAAACCGUAAAAGACUUUGCAACUCAAGUAUCGGAAAGCUCCUUGAUCAAGGGGGACGAGCAGUUAAGCAAAAAAUGUGAUAUUUUACAACAAAAACUAGAACAGUUAUUACAAACCUUAACGAGCGAACAAUUAGAUAUUACUAGAUUAGAGCUUGAUGACGAUCCGCAGAAGACUUCGAAGGACGACACCGAAAGCGAAAUAUCCUUUGACAAGGCAAAGGUGGAAAAGGAACUGAGCAAUUUCAACUUUCGUAAGCACAGGCGAACUUCAAGAUUUGUGGAACGCGAAAAAGAGGCACUUUUGAUGAGGGCAAACAGCUUAAAACGUGCAAUACGAAGUUUAGUGGAACACACCGAGCAAGCAGUUGACGAACAAAAUAAGCAAACUCUACUGACAACUACAAGUAUCGAAGUUUCAGUCACGAGCGAGCUUGAUAAGACAGAUAAUGGGAAUAAGAUGGAUUGUUUGAAAGUUUUGUCAACUAUCGAAUCGGCCUCAAGUUCGGAAGUGAGUUUGUGUCCCACGCCGUCAAGCCAGACCUCGUCAAUUAUAACAACACGUUUGGCGACGCUUUCGCCUAUGCCUGAUUUCCGACGAGAUUCCACGUGUGACGAUCCGGAGUUAAUGCAAACUUUACCCGUUCCUCCCGACUUUGCAGAUAGCAGACGUGCCAGUCAAGUACAUCAAAGCUCAGAAUCAGAUAUGACAACAGCAACAUUAAUAGCCACUUGUUCCACUCUUGCAACAAUCCAAGACACAAUCAACGAUUCCAGAUUAACCAAAAUUUUAGAAGUAGAAACGGUACAACAAAUUAAAAAAUAUGAAAAACAACGACGCGAUAGUACAAAAUCUUAUGAACUGAAGGAGCACGACCAUGAACAUAAAGUAUCGGACGACGACAAGGAGUGCGGUAGCAUAAUUUCGACAGAAGAAAUGCCUUCCGAGGUGGUAGAAUCGAAAUCGUUCUGUCCGCGAAAGGGCAGCGAUGGGGAAGACGUAAAUGGGCACAUCUACCAUAUAGACUCACCAGAAACCGACACGUAUCCAAACUCAGAGGCCUUGCACGGAGAAUCUUUGCUGGAAGACAUGAGCUCCGUGUUAGGUCAGGACUUUUGCGGAUUGGACCAAGACAGCAUAGAAAAUAGUUACACGGACGAUACUACACUUUUCAAUAGCGACCUGAGCGAUUUGAAACUCGACAAACAAAUAGAAAGGAAGAAGAGUUUAAAACGUAAUUCUAUCGACAAAAUGCGACGAACUUCUAUAACUAAAAUUGACGAAGAAUUUGGUUUCGAAAAUCGAGCUUUCACGACUCAAAAUAUGUUGUUGGAUAAUCGAUACGAAACUGAACCGGUGAAAUACUGCAGCUUAGCACAAUUUGAAGGUAACGACAUAUCGAGAAGGUCGUUCAAAAAAGUCAGAACAACAUCGAAAGUUUCAAAGACCGAGGCAAACGUUAAUCGACAGAGUACCCUAACCGAAGAAUCGGAAAGUAGCGUUUGGGGAUCAAGAACGAGCCUAAAUAAAGCCGACAAGGAUAUGACAAACAGCUCGACGAUAGCUCUUCAAGUACCCGAACCUGCGGAGAAGGAGAUUGGUGAGCAAAAAACUGAAGACAGACCCCCAAUUCCCAUAUUCCCACAAGUUAUUGUAGAACCACCUUCGCCUGUGAUAGACGAGCAAAUUCGAGCCGAUCGAAUUGAAAAACUCGAAGUUACGUUAAGUUCAGAUUACGACUUACAAAAUUUGUGUUCAAAAAAUGAUCACCUGUCGAGUCCGAACAGUUCAAACUCUAAUCUCCUCGGUGGCGAAGAUCAAGUGCAAUAUUUGAGCUGUUCCCCCGCGGCUACACGAAGAAUAUCCUGCUGCAGUUUAUUAAAUCCGGCAGAAUCCGCAGCAUUGGCUGCUACUGCCGCGGCUACCAGUAGGUUCUACUCGGAUAUGGAAAAGAAAGAGAAAAGGGAGGAAAAUUCAAAGAAAAAUAGGAAACUUCCUAUAAUUAAUCCCUUGGUGCGAUUGCCGGCAUGGCCUAACGUUAGCACUGGUGCGGGUUUUAUAAGUAAAUGUCUUCUAGCCAAUGCGGAUACGUUAUGUGCCGCUGUCGGCCCUCUUAUGGAUCCGGACGAGUCGCUAAUGGAAGGGUUUUUCGAACGUUGCGUGAUGAAUAACUAUUUUGGAAUAGGCAUCGACGCUAAAAUUUCGUUAGAUUUUCAUCAUAAGCGCGAGGAGCACCCGGAAAAAUGUCGAUCUAGAGCUAAAAACUAUAUGUGGUACGGUGUGCUGGGCAGCAAACAGUUUUUGCAAAAGACGUACAAAAAUUUGGGACAAAGAGUUCAAUUAGAGUGCGAUGGUCAAAGAAUUCCGCUGCCCAGUUUGCAAGGGAUUGUUAUUUUGAAUAUUCCUAGUUUUAUGGGGGGAACCAAUUUUUGGGGGGGCUCCAAAGAGGAUGACAUUUUCUUGGCGCCUUCGUUUGAUGACAAAAUACUGGAGGUGGUAGCAGUGUUUGGGUCCGUGCAAAUGGCUGCCUCUCGUUUGAUCAACCUCCAACAUCAUCGCAUUGCGCAGUGUCAAAGUAUUCAAAUCAACAUAUUAGGUGACGAAGGGGUGCCAAUUCAAGUUGAUGGAGAGGCAUGGGUGCAACCGCCUGGUAUAAUAAGAAUUUUGCAUAAAAAUCGCAUGCAAAUGUUAUGUCGUAAUCGGGCUCUUGAAUCCUCACUAAAAACCUGGGAGGAGAAGCAGAGACAGAGCAUUGCAAUUCAAGAAAAACGUAACUCAAUAUCUCACGACAAAGGCCGAUACAGCCUCACACGUCAAAGUAUGCCUGUGCACGAGAAUAAAUCUCUGCUAACAGUUCCCCGUGAUAAACGGCAGCACUCAUUUAGUGGUGUGGUACCCGUGCUUGAAAGGUCCCCAUCCAUACUCAUGGAAAAGCGUCCCAGUAUGAUCGAGCCGGAAAUUCUGUUCACCGACGAAGAAAGAUUCCUACUGAUCAGUUUUAUAGAAUGCGCCACUAAUCUGACGAAGUGGAUUAAGCUUCUCGCCAUCAGUUAUACGUUGGAGGUUGAUUUAUACUCGCAUGCCACCAAAACGGACUUGUGCCUCGAGAAAAUUCAUCCAAACGGAAAGAUCAUAGAAGGGCCCAGUUUAAGGGUCCAGUUUACCAAACUAGUUGGUGUAGUAAAAGAAUUGUAUGAAGAAAGCUGCUGUCUUUUGCACGAUCGCGGUCACAAGUUAAAAUUAAGGGAGGAUUUAGAAAAUAAGCUUAGUAUGAGCUUGGCCAAUAUGGAAAUGGAAUUAAGAAAAUGUUUUAUGUAUGAAUCAACUACUGGAAGUAUGGUUUAUUUGCAGGUCAUUCAGGAAGAUCAUGGCGAAAGGAAACGAAAAGGUUUGUUCUGGUUGAAAUUCCGUACCAGAGGAGUUGGAUCGUUCGGCCAGCAGCAGUCAUCGUGUAAAACUGCCAGAGAUGUGGCCUCGUGGGGAACGCAGGAGGUAGCAACGUGGCUAGAAACCUUGCAAUUAUCGGAGUACAUUGACAGUUUUGUUAAGAAUGAUAUUAGGGGUAGAGAAUUGCUGGGUCUUGCUCGAAGAGAUCUAAAAGAUUUAGGGGUAACAAAAGUAGGUCACGUGAAGAGAAUCCUACAAGCCAUUAAGGAUUUGACACAAAGUAAUUAACUCUCCAUUCCCCGCGUACACACUUAAUCAGAUUAUUUUCCUACAACCCAAUGGUCCUACGGCCACACCAUUAUACGUUAUCCAUUUUAAGAGUUUAAAAUUUGCUGUGAUUUUAAAUUAUAUAAUAUAUAAGAAGGAUUUAGAUAGUUACAUGUGUUAAACCUCUUAUCAAUUAAUCUUAUUAACUUCAGUUAAUUGAAUACGCUUAUACGUGAAGCCUUCAAGGCGCUAAAUUAAUAGUAUUACUAUCAAUAAACUCUUCUUAAGAAGUGAAUAUUUUAACUCAUAUUCUAAACUCAAAGCAAUUGUCUAUUCCUAGCAAUACCUUUACCUAACUGUUUUUUCUAACUUGUUCAUCACGUCACUAAUUUUGUCUUCGUCUCGUUUAAUAUUUAAAAAAACUACAUGCCCAAACAAAGUAUGAGUACGCAUACUUAGGUACACAUUCACUGCACUUUUCAAACGGGUGUACGUCACAAACAAUUCGGGAGUAUCAAUGGCUCCUUGAACAUUCAAAAAUUGUACAGUCAUAAGAACCCUACAUUUGUUCAUUAGUACUGCCAAGCUUUGCCAUUUUUCCAUACUUUCUUGCGUUUGAAAGAGAAUUCCAAAUGUAUGGUGUCAGUAGGUGUCUACCCCUAAAUCACUGGACUGUCUGACAAUCUUUAACACAUAAUAUCGAUGCAAAUGUAGUAUACAAAGUAUACUGCGACCAAAGUGACCUUACUACUACUGCUUUAUUUUGCAUUACGUAAAAGUGCCGUCAUUCAACUUUUUCGUUACAUCAGCGUUAAUUGUAGAAUGUGUACUUAAUUGCCAUUGCUACUCGGGGGGGGUACAAAAUUAUAGUAGCUAAAUAAUCAAGUUAGUAACCACAAUUUUCAUUCUUCUCUCUGAUAAAUUUCAGGCAAUGUGUCUAUUACACAUCUUCAAUAAGACAUUUGCUAGUCCCAUUGUUGAUGAAAGGAAGAGAUUUGAAUCGAACUUACUGAGCAGCAACUACACCUAUGAACUAAGUAUUAUUCGUUUAAAAAAGUGUGGCUAAUAUCCUGUUGGGCAUCCAAAAUCUGAAAUGGGUUUAAAUUGUAAAAAAAAGCUGUUUAUUUUCUUCAUAUGUAGAAGAGCUACAAUUGGAAAACACUCCAAACUGGAUGGUAACAUUUGUGGCAAUCCUUUUGAAUCGCAAAUCAAUGAAGUGAUUUUUCGUUUUAAGCCAAUACUUAACUGUCAUUAGACUCUGAGGCGUCCUCGUAUUCCUAACUCGGAGUUAGCUAAAACGUAAGACAUGCCGCUUUAUCCCAACCUUUGUAGUUAAGCCUACAAGGUAUAAUGGAAUUCUACAUCUAUCAAAUUGUGAAACUUCAUUACUUGAUUGGGUAACACUGUACUGAUUAUACAUUUUGGCUAUGUUGAAAAGGAUGCCUCUUAACAAACUCUUAUACUGGAAAAGUUCUGGCAGUAUUCUGCAUAACAUAACUACCAUCCUCCCCAAAAAUUCUAAAUGUAUCAUACCAAUACACACAAUGAAGUACUGGCAUUGAUAAUCAUUGUACAUUGCCUUCUAGACGUUAGCCAUUACCAAUCAUUUGCUUGCUUAGUAAGUAGAUAAAAGUAUAGAGGUAUUAGUAUUAGUGAUAUUAUUAAACUGUUUUAACGUUGGUAAUAGAUCGUAGUCAAUUAUUGCGUGUUGUUUUGUAAAAAUUCAAUAUCAAUUAUCAUCAUUUUAUCCCCACAGUUAUUUCGUAAUUCUGUGAUAAGUACAAUUACGUCAUUCUCCAGUUGGCUUGGUAAUACGCAGGAUUAUCCUGGUAAUACUGAAACAUAUCCAUAUUAAUCGUGGUCAUACUUCCUUCUUUCUUCUUUCGGCAUCUUUCUUGACACAUGUCUCAUGCAACUAGAUUAAAAUCAUCCACUCGUUGUAAGCAUAUAUCUUAUGAAAACCAUUCAAAGGUUUUUAUAUUUGUUAUACCUAUGAAUAAAAUACAAAUAUAUAAACUGUUAAUUGUUUGAUAUUAUUUCGGAAUCUCUUUAUCUAAGAUAUUGUUGACACUUUUCAUUGUUGUAACAAUGUUUAUAUUAUCAGAGUAAUAUAUUAUAUUUAGUAUAUGCACGUACUCGUGAAACAUAUUUGUAGUUAUAGGAAACAUCAAGAUUAGUUGUAAGUUAACAUUUAGCACCCUCAUUGAUUAUACAGGGCGUUAUAUCUUAGAUUCAUUCUUUUCGGAAAAAAAAACGACCAUAUGCGACCAAAAAUACCCGUAAAUACCUACAUACAAAGAAUGUACAUGAUAUUGGCUAUGAAAAAA